UCCUUCGCGGAAUCCCACCGCUCUCCCUGUGUUCUCUGACCUCAUCUUUUCAUCUCCACUUUCUCUUCGGCGACUGAAGAGACUAAUUCGGCCAGCUAGAUUCCGGAAAGAUAACAGGACACCUAAAUACCUUGGACCGGCGCGGAAAGAGGAGGCCUGACCUUGGAAGCGGAACGGGGGUCCUACGGCGGGUCCUUCCGGAGGGUGACAUUCAGCGGCCGUCGGGGGCGACGGAUCUUCCAGCUUGGAACCAUGGCCCAGUUUGUCCGUAACCUCGCGGAAAAGGCCCCGGCGCUGGUGAACGCUGCUGUGACUUACUCGAAGCCUCGAUUGGCCACAUUUUGGCACUAUGCCAAGGUUGAGCUGGUUCCUCCAACCCCUGCUGAGAUCCCUACAGCUAUUCAGAGCUUGAAAAAAAUAGUCAAGAGUGCUCAAACUGGUAGCUUCAAACAGCUCACAGUUAAGGAAGCUCUGCUGAAUGGUUUGGUGGCCACCGAGGUGUGGAUGUGGUUUUAUGUCGGCGAGAUCAUAGGCAAGCGUGGCCUCAUUGGCUAUAAUGUUUGAAGACCAAUCUUUAACAUCUGUUUAUAUGUGGCUUAUUAUUUGAGUGUUCUUGGACCAUGUGUGAUCAGACUGGUAUUUGAAUAAAAGAAGCUUAUGUAUCAAAA